AAAAAACUAACCUAAGAAGGCCUUUUGUACCAGGCCCAAUAGGGCUUAGUCGAGCAGAUCGGCGGCUGCCCCUGCCCUCCCUUUGUCUCUUUAACAAUAAUCAAUUGUAAAAAAUAAAAUAAAUCAGAGAACAAUAAUGGCAAAGUUGAAAAUUGGAAGACUACUUACCUACCAAAUCUAGCAAACGAUUUAUCUUCUGCUUUUUCUCCCCUCCCCAUGCGCUGCCUUCUCGGUUUUCCUUCAAACUGAUCAGACACAUACUCAACCGCCUUCAUCCUCCCUCCGCCUCAGUUGCAUUUCUCCGCCUCCGCCUGUCAAGCAACCGCUGGUCGCUCAGUAGCGGUCUCCUCCUCCGGGCCACCAUCGUCGCCUGCCACCUCCGCCGCUGAUUCGCUGUAGCGGUUGUGGGAAGAAGAGCGGAGGAAAGUCGCCCGGACUAACCACGUUGGUUGUGGGAAGAAGAGCGGGCCACCAUCGUCGCUUGCCACCUCCGCCGCUGACUCGUUCCCGAUCUGCUCGACUAACCACGCGGUGUCGCCGGCCACGUUUCCACCGCCGCAGGUACUUUUCUUUAAUUGAUUGUUAACUAUUUGGUACGUUCUAUUAGAAUAGUUGAUCAUAAUGUGUUCUUAUACUCCUAUUGAAUAUCCACAGUACGUGCAAGAACAGAAAUUGAGUAGGGUCUCCGUGCUGUAAUUUUCUGACAAUGGAUGAUAUAUCGCAAUGGUACCCCGACUUUAUGGUUGAGCCUGGUUUCGUUGCAAAGCUGAAGUAUGAGGAAGCAUUACAUAUGUCUAUUUUGUCGGAUUCAAUCGAUCUUACAUUGUUGCAAGAGAAUGGUGACGAUGAGGGCACUUCUUACCUCAUCUCCGGACGUGUCGGCGAGGUGAAUACAUCCUGGUGUGCUGAAUGUAGAGUUCAUUUGAUCCACCUAACUAUCGAGGAUGAUUAUUUGGAUAUUGAGGUUGUUUUCCCAUCGACAAACUUGCGCAAAAUCGUUUCAGAUGUAGUAAGUGAUAAAGAUAUGGCCAAUGCCGAUUUCGUUACCCUUAUCAACUUGAUUGGUGGAAACUCCUAUGAGUUUUUGGUCACAUAGGGUCCUUGGAACAAUGCGUCGAGUUUUUUUGAGCUGUUAUUGGUAAAAUUAUUUUUUCCUCCCGGAAACUGAAUACCAUUUCAGCAAUGUCAAUAGAAUCUACUAAAGUUG